CUGCGCUGGAACCGCCGGCCGCUCCGGGACCAGGCCUUCUCGGCCGCGCCUCGCAGCCUCGCGCACCAAUCAGGCGCCGGUGGGAACGUCGUGACGUCUUGGCGCCAGCGCGAAGCCGUGCGUGCGGCGGCGCAGCGUCCCCUGCCCCGAAUGAAAGGGAAGGUCCCAGCGCCAGCGAGCGAGCGGUUCUGAGUGCCCAGCGGCGAGCGGCCCCCGAGUCCUCGGUCCCCGGCGCCCCGCCCACCUGGCAUUUGUGAGGACUGAAGUGUCAUUCUAAAGCCAUUUUAAAAAUCAUGACAAGCUCAAUUGGACAGAAAAAAGGGUCUUCAAGGCAACGGAAGUGUGGUUUUUGUAGGUCUAAUAAAGAUAAUGAAUGUGGACAACUAUUGAUGUCUGAAAACCAGAAGGUGGCAGCACAUCACAAAUGUAUGCUAUUUUCGUCUGCAUUGGUAUCUUCACACUCUGAUAAUGAGAGUCUCGGUGGAUUUUCUAUUGAAGAUGUUCAAAAGGAAAUAAAAAGAGGCACUAAACUGAUGUGCUCUUUAUGCCAUUGUCCAGGAGCAACCAUUGGUUGUGAUGUGAAAACGUGUCACAAGACAUAUCACUACUACUGUGCAUUGCAUGAUAAAGCUCAAAUAAGAGAGAAACCCUCACAAGGCAUUUACAUGAUUUUAUGCCGAAAACACAAGAAAACUACACGUAACUCUGAAGUUCAAGCUGACAUGAGAAGUUGGAAACACCCAACCAUCAGAUGCCAGGGAAACAGGAGAUCCACCUUCAGGAAAGGGGGAUACAGUGUGUGGAUUUCAGUGAAUUCUGAGCUUUGUUGGAGAUACUGGUUUUGGGGCAGAAAGGGCUGUCCUUUAGGAAUCCUCAGCUUUCUUCAUGCAGAUUUAGAAGAAGGUGUCAAUGAACACGAAUUGGAGCCUUCACCUCCCAAAGGAAAAAAGAGGGGUCGUAAGGGAAAGCCAAGAAAAACAAAUCUCAAAGGGCAGUCAGAAGACACUAGAUCUACAUCCUCACAUGGCACAGAUGAAAUAGAAAGCAGUUCCUAUAGAGACAGGUCUCCCCACAGAAGCAGUCCCAGUGAUACAAAACCUAAAUGUGGAUUCUGUCAUGCAGGUGAAGAAGAAAAUGAAGCUAGAGGAAAGCUUCAUAUAUUUAAUGCCAAAAAGGCAGCAGCACACUAUAAGUGUAUGUUGUUCUCUUCUGGCACUGUCCAGCUAACAACAACAUCAAGGGCAGAGUUUGGUGAUUUUGAUAUUAAAACUGUACUUCAGGAGAUCAAGAGAGGAAAAAGAAUGAAAUGCACUCUUUGCAGUCAGCCGGGGGCUACUAUUGGAUGUGAAAUUAAAGCCUGUAUCAAGACUUACCAUUACCACUGUGGAGUACAAGACAAAGCUAAAUACAUUGAGAAUAUGUCACGAGGAAUUUACAAACUCUAUUGUAAAAACCAUAGUGGGAACGAUGAAAGGGAUGAAGAGGAUGAAGAAAGAGAAAGCAAAAGCCGUGGGAAAUCAGGCUCUGACCAUAGUAGCAUUCCUCAGCAACAACUCAAUGGAAACUAGAAUAUGAACAUUUUUCGGCUACGCAGAACAGUUUCAGAGUGCAAAAUGUCUGUCACCCUGCCUAGAUUAGGUUCUAGGUUGCGUGCCUCAAACAUGGCCUUCCCAUGGAAUAAAGGCACUUUAUUGUUUGCAACUACUGUAUUUUUGGUUAAGGAAGGAUGAAAGGUACAAUGGGGUAGAUUUGCCAAUAUAAUCAUUGUAUUUUUCACUAAGUUCUAAUUCACAUUGUGUCGAUUGCUGGAUUUAAUAGUCUAAUAAUUCAUUAUGGGUAAAAUCAUUUAUCUCUCCGCAUGCCACUAGCAACCAUGACAAUACUUUACCUUUGAGUAGCAGAAGAGCAAGUGGCUGGCUACCCGUUGAGGCUGACUAAACCAUCAUUAAUUCAGAACUCAUGGAAACUAAAAGUCAAUACCGAAAGCGGUUUUUGUUACAAGCCUCAAAUUCAUGUUCUAAUUUACUUCAUCUUGUCAUGUAUGCUGGGUAAAAGUGCCUUACAAUGUAAAAAUUGUAUUUAUAUGUUCCCAAGUAGUAUCACUUGCUGAGGAGUAAUUCUGUCAUGGUGUUAAUAUUUAGAAGAAAUGUACCUCAGCAGUGUAUUUACUGUACAUCUCCUAUGUCCUUAGCUGUAGUUUUAAUAAGCAUGAAAAUGUAUGAUAGGUAUACAACAUUUACAUCAUUUUUUAAAGACGAAAUACUGCCAUUACUGUCUUUUUAUGUGCAUUUUAGCUUGAAAUUUUGGACAGUUUGUCUUUUUUUUGUAAAGCAAUGUAAUCUUUGCAAGCAUAUAUUGAAGAUUAUUCUGCAGCAUUUACUGCCUUCCCAGAGGUUAGAAGUAAUGAAUGUGCUUUAUAGGUAAAAUAGAUUUGUUUAAAUUAACUAGUUAAAUGAAUAAGGUUUAUUUGUUCCUGGCAUUUUUUUUUCAAAUACAGCUUUUGUUUUCAUCUCACGAUCAGAAAACAAUCUCGAAUUUAAGAAAACUCGUCUUAUGAAACUGAUUUCCCUGAAUUUAGUUACUUUAGGUCUUUUUGGCAUUUCUUGCCCACAAGAGCAGUGUGUCUCUGUUCAAGAGACUCAUGGAACCCACCUAUAAUGGGAGAUUUUUUCCACAAAAUAAUAUAUUAAAUAGUUUCCUUAUAUCAGCAAAGGGCUUGCCUUUAAAAAAAUCCCUUCUACUGCUCUUUUCCCAGGGAGAGCUGGCAGGACCUGUCUACCUGAGCAGUUGUAGGGUACUGGGAGCUGGGGGAGGAAGGCUAUUGGCAAAAUUCCCUGAGACUCUGGUUUAUACAUGUUUGAAGAGGUUCCAGGUGGUGGCACAAAGUGGCCACACAUUUAUUUGUGAGGGAAGCUACAAAGGGUCAGCCUAGCACCAGUGUAGGUGGCACUGGCUGGAAAGGGGACAUGGGCAUUGUGGUUAAAGGGUUCACUCAUUCAGCAGGUGUUUGCCAACAGGAGAACCUGUUCCUAGAGCCCUGGUGGGAAUUCCACCUGCCAACACCCAUGGAGGGCAGCAGUGAAUACAACACUUACACUCCACAAAGAUGAAUCUCCCUUGCGUACAAGGACUUUGCUGGUUUAGGGAGGCAUAAUUACACCUCCAUGUGCCAGCUUUGCUGAAUUUGGACCCAAGUCUCACCUUCUAGUACAGUGGUUCUCAACCUUUCCAGACUAGUGUACCCUUUUCAGGAGGCUGAUUUGUCUUGCAUACCCUAAGUUUCACCUCCCUUAAAAACUACGUGCUUAAAAAUCAGACAUAAAAAUACAA